GGAUAAUUAAUUAACAGUGUUACCUCAGUUUAUCGCCAUUUUAUGGACUUUUUGAAACCCCUUCACGGAUAUAUUGGGAAACAUAAUACUUGGACGGAGUCAUUUUCGGAGAAUACAGUUUCGUAAGGCAAUUCGUAAUGUGCAGUCGGGCUUUUAAAAUAGUUCAACGCCAUGCUGAAGCGUAUUAACUACCCUUGUUGUGCUCAUAAAGCAGAUCAUGCAUUAAAAAAAUUAAUAAAAAAAUACUAAUUUUAUAUUGCAAUGAGUUGCAACGAGCAACUUCCUGUGGCGAACAGCCAAACGGCAAUAUCCACAAUGACCGGAAUACUUUCAACUUCAACACCACAGAAACUAUCAUGCAACUUGAGCGAGGGUGAACCAACUGUCUUUAACGAUGGUUUAUGUGACUUAGAUAUGUCUAUUAGCCCCGGAAACCCAGACCUUUCGUCCACAUCACAGCGUUCGAGUAACAAUCGCAAAGUUAGCAGCAAUAUUGUAGCUAAGCGGCAUGCUACUAAUCUCUCUCGUAUACGUCCACAGUCCAGUUAUUCGGCAAGAGUUCUUGUAUUCGAUGAUCUCGACCAAGAGAUUGCAACAUCAACUGAAGUACUGGCAAUCAAUGACGAAAGUCUUACUGCCAAGUCUUCGGAUGGUUUGGAGAUGUUUCCCAUUUCUCCUGCAAAGAUUGGUGAUGCGACAUGCUCAUCGUCAACACAAUCCUUGGUGCGUAACUUAAAUCUAACUAAAUCAUCAUCAGGUGGAUUGUCUGGAAGUUCCAACUCCCUACAUUCACGAGGCUACACUGCACUUUUACGCAAGAUAUCCUACCAGCAGCGUGCGGUAAGCAGUGAAACCUCAAAUUUGUUGCGCAUGCGGAAUUCAUCUUUGGGAAAAUCUGCACCCUGUCUCACAGGCAAAUAUAUUCGCUUUGAGCUCAGCGCCUCAUCUACGCGGCCAGUUCACAGCAACUCUACGUUAACCUCACCGGCUUCAGCAUUGAACAUCUCACGAGCUCCCAAUUAUGCUGGCAGUAGCAUAAACAAGCACCAUCUCCACGGUGUUUUAAUACGAGGUGGCGGAGGCACUGUUGCUUCGAGUGGCGUGGCCCAUCACCGCCUGAGUUUGAUGACAAACACUGCUGCAAACUCUCGUACCCAUUCCCCUUACUUAGCUAGUCCGAUUGAAAGCCCACGUAUUAAUUCACCUAUGCCAUUUGUGUUUGCGCCUAUUAAACGCAUUGCCUCGUGUCGCGGUGUUGAUGGACGUCGGUGGUCGGUGGCUUCGUUGCCGUCCUCGGGGUAUGGCACAACCCCUGGUAGUUCUAAUUUAUCGUCGCAGUGCUCUAGCCAGGAGACCCUUAACCAAUUGCACCAUAACAUACCUAAAAACCAGGAUGAAAUUGGCGUGUCUACGGCUAUUGGGCGCGUCGUCUGCUGCCCAGAACACUCUAAACAACAUGGUGUCAAACACGUUGGCGUGGACCAAAAGUUCAAGGUGAUGCAGCCGCAAAAACUUCCACCACCUACUGUUUGUGUCAAUUGUUGUGUCGACUUAAAGGAAAACUCUGUCGUGGGUCAACCGAUUCCAAAAAAUACAAGCGGCCGCAUAUCACCCAAUUUUCGUCCCCGUUCGCGAUCUCUAUCCAGCCCUUCUCGUUCACCAAUUGUAGAGAACGAAAUUUCCAUGAUGAACACUCUUUAUAAGGAUCGUUUUCCUAAAGCCACGCAUCAAAUGGAAGAUCGUCUUACCCACUUUAUCAAUGAAAACAAAAGUGCUGCUUGUAAUAAUUUUCGUGAUUCGCAACCAAUCGUACGAUUUGUUCAUCAUCAAGUUCUGGAAAUGGCUCGAGAUUGCCUGCACAAAUCUGAGGCUAGGCUAAUCACAUCGCAAUAUUUUUAUGAGCUAAGUGAAAACUUGGAACGUCUGCUUUUAGAGACCAAGGAAAAAUCUCCUGAAGCGGCUGCUGACCUUACUGGUGUUAUUAAAAAAUUGCUUUUGAUAAUUUCACGCCCAGCGCGCCUCCUUGAGUGCCUUGAAUUUGACCCACAAGAGUUUUACCAUUUGCUUGAAGCUGCCGAAGGACAAGCAAGAGCAAUUCAAGGCAUAAAGGCAGAUAUUCCCCAAUAUAUUAUUCAUAAACUGGGUCUCAACCGCGAUCCCUUAGUAGAGUUACAACAAGAGCUUAUAGAAACUCAGCAGAUAUGCGCAGAGAAAAUGGCCGCUAAUGCCAUUAACUCACCCAACCAUUUGAUUUUUGACUCAUGCAGCGCAAAUGAAGUCGACGUCAGAAAGCAGAGCAAUGACGGAAGCGGCGCAAGUGGUUGCAGCACUCCGCUUCAAUUGCCCCAGCAACCACCGCAAACACCGGUAGCCAGUGAUGAGAAACCAAUUUCAAGCUUUGAUUUGUCAUCUUGUCAUAUAAAAGCACCGAAAGGUGAAAUGAAUGAGGAAGCUAAGGUAUUGACACAUCAACAACCCUUGCCGCAUGAAAAUGACUUCGAUAUAGCAAAGCUGAUCUCAAAUGGGGCAUAUGGUGCCGUCUACCUAGUUAAACACAAAACAACACGACAGCGCUUUGCUAUGAAAAAAAUCAACAAGAACAAUUUAAUUUUACGAAAUCAAGUGGAGCAGGUGUUUGCGGAACGCGAUAUACUAUCGUUCGCAGAUAAUCCUUUCGUCGUAAGCAUGUACUGCUCCUUUGAAACAAAAAAACACCUGUGCCUGGUUAUGGAGUACGUUGAAGGUGGUGACUGUGGUACACUUCUGAAAAACAUUGGGCCACUACCCGCCGACAUGGCGCGUUUUUAUUUUGCUGAAACAGUAUUAGCCGUGGAAUACCUCCACAGCUAUGGAAUCGUGCAUCGCGAUCUUAAACCUGACAAUCUGCUUAUCACGGCUCUGGGCCACAUUAAGCUUACAGAUUUCGGCCUCUCUAAAAUGGGUCUUAUGUCAUUGGCCACAAAUCUGUAUGAAGGCUAUAUAGAUUCGGAAACCCGUCAAUUUUCUGAUAAGCAGGUUUAUGGAACUCCCGAGUAUAUAGCACCAGAAGUAAUAUUAAGGCAGGGCUACGGAAAACCCGUCGACUGGUGGUCGAUGGGUAUUAUACUUUACGAGUUUCUCAUUGGCUGCGUGCCUUUUUUCGGCGAAACCGCUGAAGAAUUGUUUGCACAUACAGUAAACGAUGACAUUGAGUGGCCAGACAAAGAGGAUUGGCCGGUACAACCAGAGGCCAGAGAUAUCAUAACGCAACUACUUCAACAGAAUCCUCGCGAUCGCCUGGGGACUCAAACGGGGGUAAUUGAGGUAAAGGAUCACGUGUACUUUUCUGGCAUGGACUGGAACUCUCUGCUACGUCAAAAAGCUGAGUUUGUCCCACAAUUAUGCAGUGAAGAAGACACCAGCUAUUUUGAUACACGCAUGGAUCGCUAUAAUCAUGAUUUGGAUGGUGAUGACACAGACGACACAGAUGACACGCCGGUCUUUGGUUCAUUCAAUUCCUACACUCCCCAGUACCGUAAACAGCAUUACAGCUGGUCGCGUCAUGCUACGGUUAAUAGUGCUUCUGAACCGAAUAUCCUGAAAGAGCGAAUUCCCGCUCCAACGGGAGAUAUUACUUCAAACGAAACUGAUGAUAAUGUUCCAGCCGGAACCACAUUGAAGCGAACUACAAUUGGCGAGGGUGUAUUGGUUAAUAAAUUUUUGAACACGCCACAGCUACGUAAACUAGAUUUAUCUUCGGGCUGUUUUAAGGUGCCUUCCACACCAGAUGCAGACUAUUUACCGGAGCUGCUACAUAAUGUGACUAUUGGUAAUGAUGCUGAGUUGCGCAUGCUAAAUUGCUAUUUGCAGCCUGCAUCAUUAUCGGUGAAAAACGGGAGUGAAAGGUCUGCCCGUUUGCAACAACGGCACAGUAUGCCGCCCAACACAAAUAUAAACACGUCGGUAUCCCAGCCUAUGACCAAGGUUCCGUCUGUAACUUUGGCGGCAACAGUAGGAAACUUCUCGCGCAGCACACCUGAGAGCUCUCAAACAGACAGCGAUGACUUCUCCCCCCAAAUCAAUCGAAAGCGAAAAGGUGUUGUCUCUCGUGAUAUUCUACCUCGCUUUUCUAUAUCCAUAGAGGAUGAGACAGUUGGCGGUGGAACUUCUUCGACAGGAAUCACUUGUGAGCCCCAUGUAUCGCACCAGCCCAAUACAAGAGAUGGUCCAGCUGGAGAUACUUUUAACAAACAUCACCGUUCACGUUCCAUCGUUAAGUCUGCUUCAGCGCUUGGUCUAUCGCUGAUGGCAUCAUCAACGCUGGACACAAACCAACUGGCACCACAGAUAUGUGGUAUGCAGUCGCCUGGGGGAGGGGGCAAUGGGUCAAGCACUGCCAGUUCCCGUGAUACUUCCCCAUGCCGUGAGCUUUCGCCGCUAGUAACUAAUUUAAAGCCACCUAUAAUUAUAAGACGUGGCCCACAAGGCUUUGGGUUUACUGUACACACUAUCAGAGUAUACUAUGGAGACACGGAUUUCUAUACCAUGCAUCAUCUGGUCAUGGCUGUGGAUGAGGGAAGUCCAGCUUUUGAGGCUGGCCUUCGUCCCGCAGAUUUAAUAACACAUGUCAAUGGAGAAGCUGUACAGGGUCUCUUCCAUACUCAGGUACUGCAGCUGCUUUUAAGUGGCGGCGAACACGUGACAUUACGCUCCACCCCCCUAGAACACACCAGCAUUCAAACCGGAGGUCGAAAACGUGACUUGCUGCAGAGUAAACUGGCAAAAAAGGGCGUUAACCGGCCGAAAAAACAAACAAAAAGAGAUCACGAUAAAAAACGUAAAACUUCGUUGUUUCGCAGGAUAAGCAGUAAAAGAGCAAGUGCUGAAAUGCACCAGUAUACGGCCGCCACAAGUUCGCCAACCACGCCCUCCGCUUGCAACCCGUCGUCAUUCGAAUAUUCGCAUCAGAGCAGCAGCUGCUACCAAUCAGCUGCAAACUCAUCUUCUCAAUCAACUUCCCCUUCAUCCUCGUCACCUAAUACGCCCACCGGUCCCUCUAGUAGCUGUGCUGCAUCUAACAUGUUUGCUGCAUCUUCAGUUCAAGUUACGUUACCUGGAAGUAUCGCAACGCCGACAAAUAUAGUUUUACUACCGCAUCUGGGAGCAGCUGUAGGUUCCACUUCUAUUACCAAUGUACCAGUUUCGCCUACAGCCGUUGUUCCACAAUUGUAUCAACGACCCUCUACGCUACACGGGCUCAAGCACAAACUUCACUCUGCUGGCAGCAACACAUCAAAUACAACCUCAACAGGUGGGCUUAAAACCUUGCACGGUUCGAGCACCAAUUCUCUUACUAACCGUCGAAAGUCAGUGGGUCACAUACCCUUGUCACCACUGGCGCGCACCCCGUCGCCAUCUCCGCUGCCGUCUUCCCCCACUAGGUCACCUUCACCAUUGGCCUUUCCAUUAGUUGGACAUCACCCUGGCUCUUCAAAUACUACGCAAUCAUAUAGUCCGGGAAGUACGCUCCCUUCUGCUCAGGCAGUUGUAAAUACCUGUAGCAAAAAAAACAGUUUUGCUCGUACUAAGUCCGCGGAGCCAAGCUCGCCUCUCUUGCGUCGUGCUCUUUCACCAGAUCGAUUGCAUCCUAGAAGCGCUGAGACCAAAAUCUCACCAUUAUGUUGUUCGCCACCAAUAAAACAAACGACUACUAAGCAUCAGCGUGUGGUGGCGGGGUCGUGGCGAACCGCAGCUGCUACAACAAAUUCUUCAGGUCAAUUACUGCCGCACACAAAUGUUGACGAAUGUCAAAAACAGUCAACGGGGACUUCUACAACUCUUGUCACAGGUAGUGCACCAGUAGCAGCUCUUACUACAGAACAUAAUAAUCUUUCAAUCUCACCACAAACACCUGCAACUGUCGAACUGUUGCCACGCAUAGCUGAAGAAAAAUACUCACCCACAUGUACUCAGGAUAAAACUAGCUUGGUAGAUAGUUUUAUGCCUGCCAUUGAAGAGAGUGUAGAAAGUGAGGCAUCACCAACGCAAACUUUGGAAAAUACAUGGAAAGGGGCUUUAAAAGAUGAUGAGCGGUGUGCAUGCAACAAUACAAAAAGUGAUUCGGGAAAAUGUACAACCCAUAUGAAAUGGAAACCGCUGCAAGGUUGCAGUAAAACUGCUGAUGUUAAGCAUAGAAAGCACAGUGAAAGUAACUGAGUUCUAGUUUUAUUUUAUGGUUUACCAGCGCAAAAAACAUUAUGAUUAAAAUAAAUGCAAUAGUAAUCUUAAGCGUACAAGAAAAUCAA